UCAGAGCCUUAUAAGCAGCUCGGUCCCUGCAGCUCCACGUACUGACCACUGACCGCGCCUGGGACUUGCUCCCCGCAGAAUGGGUCUCCUCCUACCCCUGGUGCUCUGCGCCCUGGUUGUGUGCUGCCGGGCUGCACCUCCAACCCAGCAAGCCCCCAGCCCCUCGCCUCUCCUCUCCCACAGCUGCAACAGCUCGUAUGUGCUGGAAGUCGCGAACUUCAUCCUGCAGGACAUCAACAGGAACCGAAAGGACGGCUACGUGCUGAGCCUCAACCGAGUGAGCGAUGUCCGUGAACACAGACAGGGUGACCUGGGAAGCCUGUUCUAUUACACACUGGACGUGUUGGAGACGGACUGCCAUGUGCUCAGCCGGAGGUCAUGGAAGAACUGUAGUGUGAGGUACUUACAUCUGUCGGUUUAUGGUCAAUGCAAAGCAAUAUUUUACAUUAAUGAGGCAAGAAGAAUUUUCUAUUUAGCUGCUUAUAAUUGUACUCUUCGCCCAGUUUCUCAAUUAGCGAUUGUCAGAAUGUGUCCCGACUGCCCUGGCCCCGCUGGUUUGUCAGAACCCAGAGUCUGGGAAGCUGUCACCGAGUCUCUUGCAGAAUACAACAGUAGGAGCACCUCGAAGUAUUCUCUCGUCAAAAUCACCAAGGCUUCUAGUCAGUGGGUGACUGGCCCUGCCUACUUUGUGGAAUAUUUAAUCAAAGAGUCACCAUGUACCAUAUCCCAGGCCAGCAGCUGUGCACUUCAGUCCUCUGACUCCGUGCCUGUUGGUCUCUGCAAAGGUUCUCUGAAUCGAAAUGAAGACGACGACACAGAAAAGUUAGUCUGGGUGACUUGUGAAUUCUUUAAAUCACAGGUUCCCACCCCUGGAGGCCAAAACACUACUGCUAACCAGGGACCCACAAACCUCCCCAAAGAGGAAGAGCCCAGGCAGAAGGCCGUGUCAGAAGGAGCUAUCCUGUGCCUCCCCUCCUUGGAUGACGAAGACUCUGGACAGUCCCAGGGGAAGGGCCCUGUUGAGGCCUUCCCUGUGCAGCUGGAUCUAACCACGAAUCCCCAGGGAGAACCGCUAGAUGUCUCCUUCCUCCUCCUGGAGCCUGUGGAGGAGGAGCUGGUUGUCCUGCCUUUCCCCUCAAAAGAACAACGCUCUGCUGAGUGCCCAGGACCAGCUCAAAAUGCUAACCCUCUUAUUCUCCCACCAUGAGAACAUGUAGAGGAUUCCUGGGGACACA